AUGACAUUGAAUUUGGUUCAACCGAAAAAUAUACUUGCAACAUUGAAACUAAAAAGACCCAAAAAUAUAUCAAAUAUCAAGCAAGUGUAUAAUAUUCGGUACCAAACUAACAAGACGCUUAUGGGGGAUAUAAUUGAAAUGCAACAACUCUUGAAAGUGUUGGAUGAUAACAAUUACGUGUCUAGGUACCAAACAUGCGAGGAUGGAGUUACCGUUGGAGAUAUAUUUUGGACGCAUCCUGAUUCCAUAAAGUUAUUCAACACGUUUCCUACGGUGCUCAUUAUUGAUUCAACAUACAAGACCAACAAGUAUAGACUUCCAUUGUUGAAGAUUGUUGGUUUUACCUCAACUGAGAAGACAUAUUUUAUUGAGUUUGCAUUUUUAGAGAGUGAGAAAGAUGAGAAUGUUACCCUUAGAGGUGUGUCGGGAGAUGUUGAAGGACCAAGUUGA